AUACGUUACAUCAUUGUUUGUCAACACAUCUCAACUGAAAAUGCCACAUAUAUAAUUAAAAAAAAUAAAUAAUAUAAUUACUGGGGCUCUGCCUAGUAACGUCAAAGACAAUUGAGCUAUACGCUCUUGGUUUGGACAUCAAGUAUAUUUAUUCAUCGGCCAUUUUUCUUUGCUUCUGCAUCCUGCUACUCUAAGCACUCAACAGAGAAUAUACGAAAUUCCAAGUAAAUCAGAAUGAAGUUCGAUAGAACUUUUGAGAGUCAUUUAACAAACGAGUGGCGUCAGCAAUAUGUUAACUAUGAGGAGAUGAAGACCCUAUUACGCACCGCAGUAGAAAAUAUGCCCAAUCGUAGGGACAAAAGCGUGUAUGAAGAAUAUUGUUUGAACUUUCAGGACGAGUACUUUGCGAAACUGAACUCAGAGCUGAUGCGAGUGAAUGAGUUUUUCGAUUACAAAAUGGCUGAGGCAAGGCGCAAGCAUGCCACAUUAAAAGUGAAGCUGCUCUAUAUGAAAAGUCGAACCAGCGGACAGGUUGUGGGCGCCGUACGAGGGUUGCCUCCGCUGGCCGAUCAGCCGCGAAAUCUGCGCAAACUAGAUCGAGCUUAUGCCGAAUUCUACUUCAGUCUGGUGUUACUCAAAAAUUAUCAGCAGCUCAACUACACAUGCUUUCAGAAGCUGAGCGACAAGUGUAAUAAGUAUUUCCCGUCCCCGAACGGAUUUCGGUGGGUUCAGAGAACUUUGGAUGGCACGUCCUUAUAUGUGGACGUAGUUGAGCUGCGUGACAUGAUUAUCGAAGUCGAGGACAUAUUCACUCAAUAUAUAACAGAUGGUGACCGUGCCAAGGCAAUGGAAAAGCUGAGAGUUCCACCUUUGACUCAGCCCAUAUCGACGGAUUACGUAUUCACAGCUGGAUUAUUUAUGGGUCUCUUUAUUGUCUCAAGUGUAGUUUGUGCUAUUUCUGCCUAUAUCCUAUUUGUAAGCACGAAUCAAGUUUUUAUCUUUACCCGUAUGUUUCGCGGCUCAUUCUCUUUGAUGCUCUACGGCUUCAGCUUGGUCGGCAACGUCUAUGUGUGGCAAAGUGUGGGCAUUAAUCACGUGCUUAUCUUCGAUUUGAAUCCUCGCCAUCAAACUGUGUCCAUUAAACUGCUCAGCACAGCCAGCUUCUUUGGUUACGCCUGUGUGUUGGCCAUGCUGCUAUUUAUACAUCACAAAGAGUUUGGAGUGAAGGAUCCUUUGUAUUUUCCGCUAAUUGGUCUGGUCCUGCCGCUGGUGAUACUCUUAAAUCCUGUGCAUGUUAUGAAUUUUCCGGCUCGUAUGGGCAUUUUGAAGUGUUUCGGACGCGUUCUGGCUGCUCCGUUUUGUUACGUGAGUUUUGCGGACUUUUGGCUGGCCGAUCAGCUGGGAUCCUUGGUGCAAUGCACCGUGGAUUAUUAUUACUUGAUUCGUUUUUAUAUGCGUUACUCCAUGGAUAGAGAGAAUACGUUUGAUUUUGAGCCAGAUGUUGUGAUAGCCGUUCUUCGAUGCCUGCCCGCCUGGUUUCGGCUGGCUCAAUGUGUGAAACGCUAUUGCGAUAGCAAAAUUAAGCCAGUUUCGUAUUUGGUCAAUGCUUUUGCCUAUGCCUCUACAAUCAUUGUUGUCGUCAUCUCAACUAUACAAAUGGAGACAAGCUGCAAGUACAAUAGUAUCUUCGCAAACCCUUGGACUUGGGUCUACAUAGUUAGCUCCCUUGUAUCCACUAUUUACUGCACGGCGUGGGACUUGCUGCAAGACUACGGAUUGUUUAAAAUCUGGAAGGGCAAAAGAAUAUUCCUUCGAAACCGUCUUAUUUACCCCAAGUGGUUUUACUACUAUGCCAUCAUUGCGGAUCUCUCAAUACGUUUCUUUUGGGCUCUCGAGGUAUAUUUAAUAGCCAAUAAUCUUCUGCUGCCCAACAAUUCCAAAACGUUGUCCAGUAUUUGUGAGAUCAAUCGACGUUUCAUUUGGAACUUUCUUCGAUUGGAGAAUGAACAUUUGUUUAAUUGCGGAAAUUUUCGGGCGACACGGGAUAUUUUUCUGUCGGCUCUGAAUUCGCGAGAUGAAUUAUUAGUGAAUGAUCUAAUGGAUGAAUCGAGACGCUGGUCAGGAGCUCAUCGUGAUAGUAAUCCGAUAAGACGCCGUGCAGAGUGACAGUCCUACAUAGUUAAUCGGUCCUAAUUACUGUUCGCACACCCAGGCACAUUUUGCCAAUUUUGGCUCGUUUUCGAGAGCAUUGACAAUUGGGAGUCAAUGAAGCGAGACCGAAGCAGGCAUCAAGUCUGAGUUCUAACAAUCCGAACAUUCUAUUUUUCGUUCCACCCUCGCACGCCAAAUUGAAUAAAAUUAAUCUCA